AUGCUAUUUGACAGGUCUGUGUUGGAUGCUAUCUCGAGGAUUGAUAUCCAAUUGGAAUCCUCUUUUGAGCAUUUGACCUCUCAGAAACAUGACUUGGUGUUUGAUGAAAGUACUAGGCGUCAUGUAGGCGAGUAUCAGGACUCAUUACAACAUAUAAAAAAUAUUGUGGCUAAUUUUCAAAAGAAACUAUCGAACGAGGAGCGUGGUAGAAGAAUUUGGAUCAAUUUUGAGCCCAUUUUUGAGAUUUCACAUCGUAUGGAGUCUGUUCAAUGUGAGACGGUAGAUAAUCCUAUUCUACACAUCAUGAGACAAGCGAUAGAACAGUAUAUACUGGUGUUGUGUUUCUACGUGGUAUUGAAUGAAUCGCUGGUUGAGCUUCCUAUGACAUACGAGUCACAACUAUAUUACGAGACAGUUAUGCAUUCAAAGGUGAAUAAAUUAAUCUAUCUGGUACAAGCUUCGAUAUCAAGAACAUUAAGAUUGACGAAAUUGAUAUGGCGUACGUUACGAAGCGAAAAGAGACCAAGUUCGUUUACAUCAUUUUAUGACAAUGAGAUCAAACCUGUUUUCACGAAAGUUUUCAUGUUACAAAACUAUAAGUUUGUGGGUAUUACAGGCCCACAAAUCCUUCUCAAUUUACCGGGCUUAAUGAUUAACAAUGAAAUACGUUUGAAGCUGAAUAAACUCAAUAAAAUAAAUGAUUUUUACACUGAAAAACUUGGUGAGUUAAUUGAUAAUUUCCAUAGUGCUGACUCGGGAAAAGAGUGUUUGUCGCGAUUUUUCAAUGACAGAGGCAAAACUAUGUCCCUGACGCAGAUACUCAAUUCAACAAAAGAGUUCUCCCAGGGAAAUGAAAUGCAGAGGUGGCAUAAACCGGGAAUAAUCGAAAGAUAUUGGCCCCUCGGAUUAAUUAUAUUUAUUAAAGGACCAAGUAUAUUACUAACUAUUUGGAAUUCAAAGGACAAAAUAAUUGCUUUUGUACAAGAGAAUAUUUUGGAAUUUACCAAAAGUUUGAUUACAAAUUGGAUUUGGAUACCUGUCAAGAGAAUUUGGGCCACUGUAAAACAUGACACGAAUAGUGAAAUUUCUAUGAUGUCGAGUGGUACUUUGGAAACUGAGAUGGACUCUCUAUAUCGUAUGCUCAGUUCAUUUUAUGUUGAAAAUGUGAAAGGUACUAUAAAUGAAGGUAAAAUUUAUGAUGACAUUAAACAUGGGAAUUUGAACGAUUUUAUGAAAAUUUAUGAGUCCCAAAUGCAAAAGCCAAUAAAAAACAUUGUUAAUGGUGAAUUAAUCAAGUCAAUACUAAUCCAAAUCCAAAAGACAAAAGUUGAUGGAUCAUUAGCAUUAGACGGUGUGGAUCAAAUUUUAAAAUCUCAGGAACUAUUAUUCGAAUUAAUUGCCCUUUCUCCCUCGAUUCUUUUAGUUUAUCUUUUGAGCAUUUCCAUUUCUAGGCUUCUAAGACUCCGUGGUGUUUUCAGUAACACAAAAAAUGUCAAAUUACAGCUGAGCAAAAGCUUAAACAAAGUUGAAAAAUUGCUAAACAACGAUAAUAGAAGUAAAAAAGAAAAUGGGAUCCUCAUGAUUGAAAUUUCAAAAAUAUAUUCUUUUGGGAAACUUAUUCUCCCAAGAUCUAGGAAGUUAGAGUGGGUCGAAGACCUUGAAGACAUGUUUUAUACUUCCAAUAAUAAACUGCAUGUGUUGAAUAGACUUUAUCAUGUAUACGGUAAAUACCUUUAA